CUAGAGAGAGAAUUAAUCUUUUUCUGUCUGUCAUCUCUGCAACUUUCCAACAUUUCUCUUACCUUUUCUCCCCCCUAUUCUUCGGUUCUUCAAGGUGAUCAAGUUUUUUAUUCCAUCUAGGUUUCAUAAACUUAAUUCUCAGUAACUUCUGCUAUGUGUUUGAUUAAAUGCACCAGAGAAUCUUUAGAGUGUUUUAUUUACGUCACUAACACUCAAAUCUAGGUAACACCCACAUGAGCAUGUUUGGUUAUUUCGUUAUCCAAUGCCAUUAUUUCUUCAGAUUCUGCUUAGCAUUUGGUUCGAAUCACCCUCUUUUUACUUCAAGAUUUGCUUUUAAACCGAUUGAUUCUUGAUGGGUUAAAUCUCUGUUGUUGCAGGUUGAAUUGGGUAUUCAGUCUGCUUGAUAUGCAGAGGUUAUAUUAUCAGAAGAAAUAGCAGUUUUUGGAUCAAUGGGUGUUAAGAGAUCUAUGUUACUUCAAUGAAUAAACUAUAUGCUGCACUGGGUUCUCCUGCUCUUCCGGGAUGGACGGCUAGUGGUGGAGACCCAUGUAUUGAGGCUUGGCAAGGUGUUGCAUGUGACAUUACUAAUACGAACAUCUUAUCGAUAACUGUUCAUGGUGCCAAUUUGGGAGGAGAACUGGGUGAUACCCUAGGAUCGUUAACUUCAGUCCAAAGCAUAGAUUUGAGCAAUAACUUGAUUGGGGGUAGCAUUCCAACCGCUCUUCCUGUUACCAUCAUGAAUCUUUUUCUUGCAGAUAACAACUUCACUGGAAGCAUACCAGAUACACUAUCCUCUCUAACACAAUUAACGGCCAUGUCUCUAAAUGAUAACAAGUUGUCCGGAGAAAUACCCGAUUCCUUUGAAGGCCUUACUGCUUUGGUCAAUCUAGAUUUAUCCAGUAACAAUUUGAGUGGUGAACUACCUUCCUCCUUGGGAAGUGUGUCUUCUCUAACUACCUUUCAUUUGCAGAACAAUCAACUCUCCGGGACUCUGGAUAUUCUACAAGAUCUUCCAUUGCAGGAUCUGAAUGUAGAGAAUAACAUGUUCAAUGGACCCAUACCUGAUAAGUUACUUGUCAUUCCCAAUUUCAGAAACAGUGGGAAUCUAUUCAAUGCUAGUACAGCCCCAUUAGCACCACCUGGAUCCCCAACUCCUGCCACACCCACAGGUUCCGGAACGCCUUUUUUUCCAUCACCUCGACAAACACCUGGAAAGCAACCACCUGGUAAACAAGUACCACAACAGGCCGAUGGCCCAUCAUCAACACAAGAUUCUAACUCUAGCACCACAAGGAAGUUUUGGACACCCAAAAAGAAAGUUUGGGUAUCUAUUGGAUCAAUAUUUGGUUUUAUAGUUCUGGCAUUAGUGUGUCUGCUAUUUGUGCCAAAAUGCUUCCAAAGAAAACGACUUCCAGCUUUGAUACCCAAGAGGCACGAGAUAGCUCCAUACAAAAAUAUUAACAGAGAUAAUCAUAUAGAGAAUGGAGCCUUUGCUCAACCUACCAAUCAAGCCGAUAAAGUUCCAAAGGUGGCAGCUGUGAUGCCAAAAGAGGAGCAACAACAAACGUUUUCACCGCCACCACCACCACCACCAAGAAGAACAGGUCUGAGUCUGAAAUCACAAAAUGAUCAGGAGAUGAAUGUGCAAAGACUGGCUGCCAUUCCAAAGCAGGAGAGUCAGGAGAUAGACUUUAGCAGAUUUGAUAUAGAUUCAAUGCGGCCACCUCCACCGCCACCACCACCGCCACCCCCACCUCCACUUCCCUCAUCACAACCACUUCAUCUACCUUUUGAUAAGGUUAUUGUAGAGCCCAUUGUACCUGUUGAAGUAGCAAGACCUUCCACCAAACCUCUUGUGCCUCGUACAUCUGUCAGAUCUUACACAAUUGCAUCUCUUCAGCAGUACACAAACAGUUUUUCUCAGGAUAAUUUUAUUGGUGGAGGAAUGCUGGGGAGUGUUUAUAGGGCACAACUUCCGGAUGGAAAGUUGCUUGCUGUCAAGAAGUUGGAAAAAAGGGUUAUCAGUCAACAGAAGGAGGCAGAUUUCAUUGAGCUUGUUAAUAAUCUUGAUAGAAUUCGCCAUGCUAAUGUUGUUGAACUCAUGGGUUACUGCUCAGAACAUGGUCAAAGGCUAUUAAUCUAUGAGUACUGUAGUAGCGGGACUCUUCAGGAUGCACUACAUUCCGAUGAUGAUGAUAAAAAGAAACUUCCAUGGAAUGCACGCAUUCGAAUGGCACUUGGAGCUGCAAGAGCCUUAGAAUAUCUACACGAGCUCUGUGAGCCGCCUGUUAUUCACAAAAACUUCAAGUCUGCCAACGUUCUUCUAGAUGAAGAUCUUUCUGUGCGUGUUUCCGAUUGUGGUUUGGCUCCUUUAAUAUCAAGAGGCUCAGUAACUCAGUUAUCAGGACACCUCCUAUCAACCUUCGUUUAUGGGCCCCCAGAAUUCGAGUCGGGAACCUAUACCUCUAUGAGUGACGUAUACAGUUUUGGGGUGGUGAUGUUAGAACUCUUAACAGGCCGAAUGGCUUAUGACAAUACACGACACCGUGGGGAGCAGUCGUUGGUCAGAUGGGCGGUCCAUCAACUUCACGAUAUUGAUGCAUUAUCGAGGAUGGUUGAUCCUUCUCUCAAUGGAGAAUAUCCCGUCAAGUCGUUAUCGAAUUUUGCAGAUAUUAUAUCACGUUGUGUUCAGGCGGAACCAGAGUUUAGGCCACCGAUGUCGGAAGUGGUGCAGGAUCUGAUACAGAUGAUAAGAAGAGAGUCUUCUAAUAGAUCAGAUGGGGAUUAAAUUGGUUGAUUGCUAUAUUAGGAAUAGUGAAUGAAUGAUGGUCAAAGAAAGUCAAAGGUGCCAAAUGAAGGUGAAUGCCCCCAUGGGCUGGGCAUGGCUAGCAGCCUAACACACUUUUACUCUUGUACAAAGGGGAAUGUCCAAGUUUCAUCUGGUCCCUCCCAAUUCUUAUGGUCAAAUUGGUAAUUUUUAUGGUCAAAAUGGUAAAUUUUUAACUCCCAUAUCAUUAUUCAUGUGUAAUUUUCAUAUGUUGACAAUCUAUUGCUUGUGAUUAUUUAAUUACAUUUUUCCUGGAUUG